AUGUGUAUAAGAGACAGCAAACAACUGCAGAGAUCGUCACCAAAAUCAGCAUUCCAUCCAGUAAAAGCUUCCAGCUAUAACAAUGGAAUGUUACCAAUGAACUUUAAAAGAUCUUCGCCUCUUCAAACAAGAUGUUCCCCUCAAGGAUUUCAGGUAGAUGAAGAGAGCAAACUGCGAGAAUCGCCAUCGUAUGCUGGGGCAAAAUUCAGUGAAGCUCCGCCUCCUGAUUGUCUGCCAUCUCCACCUGUAGGCUGGGUACAGCGGUGCUCUAUGGUACCAAAUUCACCAGUGUCUUUCAGACAAAUGGAGAACAGCUUGAAAACAAUGCUUAAAGUUGCUUCAUAA